AUGAUCACUUUUGGUAUCUCCCUAGCUGCAGUACUUAACAAUGCUGCUGAACGGCAUCAAUCUAGCAGGGCAGCAACCUGGCAGAUCACGAUGGGUUUGUCGUUUAUCUUCGCUGUUGUUCUCAGCGGCGGGAUCUUCUUCGCCUCCAAGACACCUAUUGUAUACCGCAAAGGCAAUCCCAAAAAGGCCAAGGCGGUAAUGACAAAAGUGUAUGGCGUAAGUGAUAAUCACUAUAGUGUGGUUACGGAAUUGGAGGAAAUCAGAGUGAAAUUGCAGGCGGAAGAGACGAAAGGGAAGGCAGUACAGGAAUGGAUCAAUAUGUGGAAGGCUCCGAAGAUGGCAUAUCAGCUUGCACUAGGCAGGGGAUUGCAGAUGCUCCAGCAACUUACAGGUGCGAACUACUUCUUUUACUACGGCACCACUAUCUUUACUUGCACUGGCAUCAACAACUCCUUCGUAACCCAGAUGAUCCUCGCGCCAUUGAUUUUCGGUAUGGCCAUGGGAGUGUGCGAAGUGGAUGGUGCCGAGUCUGGAGCAGAUGAGUGGGAAGGAGAGAGAGUGUGUGUUGUCGGCGCGAAUCCGGAGAUCGAGGGGCGGCUAGAGAGAGGCGGGGAGGAUGUAAUUGGUGGAGGGGAUGGGGUAGGGGAGGCGGUGGAAAGAGAGGGAAGUGAGGAAGUGUUGAGGGAGAAGAAGGAGGAGGAAGCGUGGUGUGAGCAUGAUUCGGCUGGAGAGGUGAGACGAGUGGUUCAUACAAAAUCUGGGGGUAUUGGUAUGGAAGGCUUACAAAGGGUUUUCGGAUACAACUGA